UCUUCGUUUUAUCGAUCAUCAUCUGUUUUAUUACAAAAGCUUUCCAUUGGGUUAGUUCUUUAAUAGCUAAAAAGUUAUAAUCUGCAAGUCCAGCUUGCUGUGUGGAAUUUAGAUUUCUCCCAAGUGUCUUGUUUGUUCUUUUCUUUUUGUCCAUCUGCAUUGGCAUCUCUUGUCCUCAAAGAAAAGAACUGUCAGAAAAGAAAAAUCCCUUUUCUUCUCUGCAAGGCUUUGUUUUGAGUUUCCAUAUAUAUAUAUAUAUAUAUAUACAAAACUCUCGGACUAAACUCCCUUUUUGGCAAAUAUGAAGGGUGAAAACAGCAAUCAAUCCAUCUCUUAUUGGAAGCUCUUUAAUGCACAAAUGCAUUUCUUCAAUGUCCUCUCUUAUUUUUUACUAUUUGGGUGCGGCCUCUCUCUUGGAGUCAUACUCAGUUUUCAUCUCAAAAACUAUUCUCUUGCUUUACAUAUCACACAGUUACCUUUGAGUACAAGAUCAGCGUCAACAUUGGCUCAGCCGCCGCCCUCCCAACCAUUUAAUCCGGUUUCUGGAACCUCUCAUGGUGACCGCAUUGGAUUAACAGAAUUUCUCGAGCCACCACAUGUGAUGCAUGACAUGGAUGAUAAAGAGCUACUAUGGAGGGCUUCUUUGGCUCCUCGAAUCCCACAAUAUCCAUUCCAUCGAGUUCCAAAAGUUGCUUUCUUGUUCUUGACAAAAGGGCCUGUUCCAUUAGCUCCUUUGUGGGAGAAAUUCUUCAAAGGGCAUCCAGGGCUGUAUUCCAUCUAUGUCCACUCCGAUCCAUCUUUCAACUUAACAGAGCCUGAAGGCUCAGUGUUCCAUGGCAGAAGAAUUCCCAGCAAGGAAGUUGAAUGGGGGAAUGUGAACAUGAUCGAAGCCGAGCGCCGGCUUCUAGCCAAUGCACUGAUGGAUUACUCUAACCAAAGAUUUGUUCUUCUAUCCGAAGCAUGUAUUCCACUCUUUAACUUCUCCACUGUCUACUCUUACCUCAUCAACUCCACUCAGAGUUUCGUAGAGUCAUACGAUUUACCGGGCCCCGUCGGCCGAGGCCGAUACAGUCGGAGAAUGAGACCUCAGGUCACAAUUCAACAAUGGAGGAAAGGAGCUCAAUGGUUCGAGAUGGACCGUGACCUCGCCAUUGAAGUUGUUUCAGACCAAAUAUAUUUCCCAGUGUUCCAAAAGUAUUGCAAGGGCGCUUGCUAUGCUGAUGAACAUUAUUUGCCGACCUUCGUGACCAUGAAAUUCGCGAACAAGAAUUCCAACAGGACAUUAACAUGGGUAGAUUGGUCCAAAGGAGGGCCUCACCCAGCUAAGUUCAUAAGGGCAAAUGUUACAGUUGAAUUUUUGGAGAGAUUGAGGAGCCAAAGCCAAUGCCAGUACAAUGGAAAUGCCACAGAUAUCUGUCACUUGUUCGCCAGGAAGUUCUCGCCCGAUGCUUUGUACAGAUUGUUAAAGUUUGCGCCUAAAGUUAUGCAAUUCCAUGAAUAAUAUAUUCAUACAAAGGGGUUUUUAUUAUUCUUUAUUCAUUUUUGUAUUCAUUUCGGAACUCAGGGAAAAAUAAAAACCUUUGGAUGCCGAAUUAAAUAUUUAUGUUUAAUGCAGAAUAGAAGAUGUAACAUCACAAAAAAUGUUUUUAGAACUUUUAUAGCAAAUGAGCUGUCAAAAUGAUUGGGUGCUGAUAGCAUUGAAUGGCAAUGAUCUGCUUCUUUG